AGAUAACAACCAUUCAACAUUGGGACUCUACUAAAGACUGGGCUUCCUGUGGUAUGGCCGCUGUCCAAAAUAUAGAAGGCUCAGCAGGCUCAAACACGAAGUAAACAAGACAAAAUGGCCGAGAGGAAGGCAGUGAACAAGUAUUAYCCUCCAGACUGGACCCCAGACAAGGGUUCGAUAAACAAAUAUGUUGGACAACAUCCCUUGAGAGAAAGAGCCAAGAAGCUGGGUCAAGGCAUUCUUGUUAUCAGGUUUGAGUUGCCCUAUAAUAUCUGGUGUGGAGGAUGUGGCAGCCAUGUUGGAAUGGGAGUGCGUUACAAUGCAGAGAARAAGAAAGUGGGCAACUACUACUCAACUCCAAUUUACAGAUUUCGCAUGAAAUGCCAUCUUUGUGAUAACUACUUUGAAAUUGAAACUGAUCCCAAGCCAAGUUCAAUAAUUGUUCAAUGAUGUUCUGGUUUCACGACUUUUAAUUUUAAUCUUUAAUACUCUAUGACAUUUGAAAUCACUUAAAUUCUAGACAAAGAGGAUGCCAAGAGAAUGGCUAUUGAUGCUAUGUUUAAGUUGGAGCAUGGAGUUGAGGAUGUACAGAAAUCUAAAAAAGCCGCUCCUGUCUUACACCAGUUACAGGAGGUCCAGUCAGUAUGGAAAGACGAUUACGCUGCUAAUAAACUYCUGAGAAAGAAAUUUCGAGACGAAAAGAAAAAUAUCGCUGAGGUCAACAAAGCUGACGAUGAACUAAGAAAAAGAGCAAGUCUUGAUAUUGCCUUGGUUCCUGAAGAGCCUGAAGAUGUUCAACGUGCGAAAAAGAUCAAGUUUUACAAAACUG